CGCGGCCAAAACUGACAGGGAAGGCCCGAGCUCUGAACCACAUGAAGGUCUUGGCGGUUAUUAGAGGUCCCCACUCUCCACAUCCCAUCCCGUCGUCAAGUGGUUUGUUACAUUCUGUGUUCCUGAAUUCCAUCAUCAAUCGUCAACCCAACGACAACACAUUCAACAACAGACCCGACCCUAUCCAAGACACAUUCCCACCGAAUAUCUAAUCUAAUCUAAUCGAAUCAAUGGCACCGUCCCUCAUCCGCUCGCCGGUCCAGCUGCCACCGGCCGAGGCAUUGGCCCUCUCUCAGCAAGCUCCUGUCGUCCUCCAGACCUCUCCGAGCACCGUGUCAUCAUCCGCCCUGGGUUCAUUGUUUUCCGCCACCGAGAAGCCCGAGCUAUGGAUACAAUACGAGAACUUGAUUCUUUCCUGUCUCCGAACUGGCGACGACAGGGCGGCACAAGAAUGCUACGAUCGACUUGCUGCUCGUUUCGGAAACAAUGACCGAGUCAAGGCGCUGGGAGGGCUCAUCAAGGAGGCCCAGGCCCAAAAUAAUGGCGAGUUGGAAAAGGUUCUGAAGGAGUACGACCAGAUGCUCGAGGAGAACAACACCAAUCUCCCUAUCAUGAAGAGACGUAUUGCCCUCCUUCGAUCCAUGGGCCGCCUCUCGGAUGCGGGCUCAGCCCUGGUGCAGCUUCUUGAUUUCUCCCCGACCGAUUCCGAGGCUUGGUCUGAGCUGUCGGAUCUCUACUUUUCUCAGGGGUUGUACCCACAAGCGAUCUACGCCAUGGAAGAGGUCCUGAUCCUGGCUCCAAACGCAUGGAAUGUACAUGCCCGACUAGGCGAACUGCAAUACAUGGCCGCCACUGCUUCGGGUGCCACCGGUGCACCCUAUCAGAAGCAGAUGGCAGAGGCCAUCAAGCGUUUCUCGCGCAGCAUUGAGUUGUGCGACAAUUAUCUGCGAGGUUAUUAUGGCUUGAAACUGGUCACAAAGAGAUUGUUGAAGGACAAUGCCAAGCCGGCAAAGCAGUCUGACGAUGAAGACUUCCCUCUCCCAGAUUCCAACACCAUUGAGCGGCUGAAUGAACUGGCCACAGCCAAGUUGGCCGAGAUUGUCCGACACAGCAGUGGGCAAGACCGCGGUUGGAGGGGGUAUGACGCCGCCGAGGUCGCAGCAGCGCGGGAGCUCCUCUCCGAGGAUGCGCCCUCGGGGAUGGAGAGGUGAUUUCUUGCUCGGACCAAAGAAACAACGGCAUCGCGACAAUACCCAGUGACGCGUUCGAAACUCGCAGACAACGUGAGUCACGAUGGCUGCCGGCUAGAUGAGGAGCUGCUUCUGCAAUGCAGUGGACACACUGUCGCGUUCGACAUUCAACCCCAGGAUUAUUGGUGCAUUCUUACAACUGCUUUGCUAUUAGCCGAGGUGGUGGGUCUUGGGCAGGAAGACGUAUGAGCACCGGCACCCAACGUGGCUCCAGUCAAGCAAACGGGAUGCAUCUGAGCUGUGUGUGUGUGUGUGCGGGUGGGGCACUUGCGAUGCGGCCCUUUGGAGCCCAACCGGAAUGCGGCUCGAUUACUCUUGCAGACCUGCUUCUUUCUCCCGAUCAUUCGCCGGCCACUUUGGGCACAAAAAAACCAGAGCCACCGGUCUAGUCUGAGCACGAGGAGGAUCGCGCGGCCCAGAAGGGAAACGCCGGUACCUGGCUGGAGCAACGUCAAUGGUUGCUCUAUGACCUAAUGAUGCAGCGUUGCAAGGAACCCGGACGCCUUCUUCUGCUGUCCUUGAAGCCUUGAAGCCUUAGCCAGAAGGGUCUCUGCAGGACAUGUUGACGUGUCGGUCGCCAGAGUUUUGGUUUUGGGUACGGACUGAGUUGUCGAUGCUGUGGGCUGUGGGCUGCGGGUUAGCAGAGCGAGAAACAGAGUAGAAUCGAAAAAGGCAAAUGGAGAAAAGGGUCGACAUGGCCUAUAUCUAAGACCACAUUGUCUACGCGGUGCCUCUUGCGCAAGCUCCUCUACAAACAAACCCCUGCUUUCCUGUCACGAACCGACAAACGAAAAUCGAGAUCCGGCGCAUGCCGUUUGAUUGCGUUGCGAAGCUGUUGCUUGAUGGUUCGCAUCCCUGUGCACGCAUUCUUGUUUGAACUCAACGCACGUACAGAUAGGCAACCUAUCCAUCGAGAGCACCGGAUCCCUUCGUUGCGGGAGUAGGGUCGAGGAUGUAUGCACCUAGCGGGUGAUGAUUCUGUCAUUCAUGCCUCACCCAUCCAUCUUCUCGUUGAUGGCUGCUAGGCGUGGGAGAACCGGAAGGAAGAAGGACUCACCGCCUGACGAAUGCGGCUUGGGGCCGACGUUGCAAGCUGGCAUCGGGCUCCGGGGUCUUCCCGGUACGGGCAGCCAGCAAAGAGCUGCACACAAUCCGAGAGCCCGGCCGAUUAGCCCAGUGACAGGCCACCGUUUGGAUGUGUACGGCCAAGAUGGGAUCAAGUCAGGGUGUGUAAGGGGUUUCCUGUAGGCAACACAACGCUCCGCCCUCCUGUUUAGUGCUACUGCAGCUCGAGUUGUCCCCUAGCAUUUCUAAUUCAGCCUACCCGGGCGUACAUACACUUUAUUCGCAUUGCCUUGCCUGCUG